UGCUACCUCCUGUACUACCACUCCGCCGCGUUCUGCGAUACGUAACGCGACUUCGCGUUUAUUACUUACUAACUAAACAUAUAAAGUGCCAAACUGAUGCGUGAUUUUUGGACUUGAACGGGAUUCUCACCGUGCCGAGUUGACCCUCAUGUUGGAAGGUGCUUCACUCCAUUGCCAUGUGGGCAUACAUUAUAGCUGCCGCCAGGGGAGAUUCCCGACACUCUGUACACAAGCGUAAUUCCUCUGCCAACGUCACAGAGGACCAUGUAUAUGCAUACCGCGAUGGCAAAGUAUUUACGGUGUCCAGUUCAACGAGUUCAAAUCCGGGUCCAUCUGGCCUAAACUCAAGGGAUAUGCCCAAGAGUCCCACGUACCCGUACAAGAAACAUCUGUCGUCCUCGACCCCCGAUUCGUUGCAUAUGCAUACAGAAUUCAGAAAAAAUCACCUGGAAGACGGCAUCGAAAUUGAAGCUUAUGAAGAAGCAGUGAGUGAGGCUAACAGUGGUAACACUUGGGUGCAACGGCAAUUGUCGCGACUAACUCGCAACCUCCGGUACCGCUUCAACGGAGAAGGUCGCGCCAAACCCCCCGACUGGUUCCUGGACAAGUUCGCUGCUCAGACCUUCACGGAUCCUGAAGAACCACUGUAUCAAGCCAAACGAUCCAAGCUACUAUGUGGCCUCAAGUUGGCUUUCGAUCCUACUCUACCGGCCCACUACCACUGGCUGGCGGUGGUCUCUUUGGCUAUAUUGUACAAUGUGGUGUUUGUCAUUGGCCGCGCUGUAUUCUGGGAAUUGGACAACCUUACUUCAUUCUGGUUUAUCCUGGACUACCUAUGCGAUACCAUCUACCUGGUCGACACCGUCGUACACAUCCACGAAGGUUAUUUAGAACAAGGGCUCAUGGUUAAGGAUUCUAAAAUGCUAAGGCGACACUAUCUUAAAUCUGAUGCAUGGAGAUAUGAUUUCAUAUCUCUACUACCCACAGAUAUCGCGUACUACUGGUGGAAACCUGGAACAUGCGACUAUAAACGUUUGCCGUGCCCUGUUAUUGUACGUCUCAAUCGGCUGUUUCGCUUGCCUCGAAUGUGGGUGUGGUUCGAUCGGACUGAGACCGCCACUAGCUAUCCAAACGCUUUCAGGAUAUGCAAGGUCGUUAUGGCAAUACUUGUACUUAUACACUGGAACGCAUGUCUCUAUUUUGCUAUAAGCUACGCAAUAGGAUUCGGCACGGACAAUUGGGUUUACAAUUUAACUGGCGCCCGUAAUGAGUCGCUCGCUCAUCAAUACAUUUACAGCUUUUAUUGGUCUACUUUAACUCUCACUACUAUCGGAGAAACGCCACAACCAGAAAUCGAUGCCGAGUACCUGUUUGUGGUCGCAGAUUUUUUAGCCGGAGUUUUAAUUUUUGCUACUAUUGUGGGAAAUAUUGGUUCAAUGAUUUCAAAUAUGAAUGUAGCCCGAGUGGAGUUUCAAAAUAAAAUGGAUGGUGUUAAACAAUACAUGGCAUUCAGAAAAGUUAGCGGUGAACUAGAAGCCAGGGUUAUUCGAUGGUUUGCAUACACGUGGGCUCAAAGUGGGGCAUUAGAUGAAGAAAAUGUGUUGUCCUCGCUUCCCGAUAAAUUGAAAGCAGAAAUUGCAAUCAGAGUUCAUUUGGAUACGUUGCGUAAAGUAAGAAUAUUUCAAGAUUGCGAACCAGGUCUAUUGGAGGCACUUGUGUUAAAACUUCGGCUUCAAGUUUUCAGCCCGGGAGAUUAUAUUUGCCGCAAAGGAGAUGUAGGAAAAGAAAUGUAUAUUGUUAAAAGAGGAAGGCUCCAAGUAGUCGCUGAUGAUGGAAAAACAGUUUUGGCAACAUUAAGUGCAGGUUCUGUAUUUGGAGAAGUAAGUGUUUUAGAAAUAGCUGGAAAUCGUACUGGUAACCGACGAACUGCUAAUGUCCGUGCUUUAGGCUAUUCAGAUCUAUUUUGUUUGGCCAAAAGAGACCUUUGGGAAGCUCUCGCUGACUAUCCCGAUGCGAGAACUACACUUACUGAACGAGGCUGUCAACUAUUAAGAAAGGAUGGCUUACUUGAUGAGAAUGUAUUUGAAAGUGCACAGUGUACACAACAAAGCUUGGAAGAAACCGUACAAAAGCUCGAAAAUCAUGUAGACUUGUUACAUAAUCGCUUGCAGGGAAUACUGACAGAUGUUGGCGAGGAACAAGCUAAAAUGAAACAAAGGAUGAACGAAAUAGAAGUCAGAGUAUUGGAUGAAGACGAAGGCGAAGCAACUGAUACGGAUGACAUUACAUCCCUGGAAGCAUCAGAACUUAGAAGCGAAGCAGCGAGGUGCGGUGAAGCUUCAGGCUAUAGCGAAAUACAUCUCAGCUCAAUUCAGGAUAAUUCAAUAUUUCUCCAUAGCAAUCCAUUCCCCAUUCGAGAACGUGGACAUUCCCUUAGCGUUGAAAGGUCUCCAAGUUUACUAGAACUUACACCAGAGCCACGCAGUAAGUCUUUGCGUAUAAAAAAGAAUGACAAAGAUUCAAAGUGAACAAAAGUAUAAAACACUAAAAUAAUGAGUUUUAG